AUGCGUUACUGUGCGCCCGAGGUUGGUCUAUCGUACUUGUGGAUAUUAGUUAUUUCAUGUUCUGCAUCUAUCCACUACCCGGAGCCUACUCACGUCAAGCAUCCGGCAUCUCCUACUAUCAUGUCUUCAUCCAUAGUUCAAUUGUGCUCAGUUGCUGAUCAACCCUUUCUUGGUGCUACGUCAACUCCAUUGAUUCAUCUCUCUUCAAGAGUUAUUCAACGCUCAAUGAAAAGGACAGCGUUUGUCAUAUUUAUCACUCUUACUAUGAGAAGGGUGGAACACAACUUUUCUUCUAAUACCGCACCUUUUUCCAUUGCUCAAAUGAAAGCUAGUGAUAAAAUUGCUAGGAAUGCUGUACGUAAUUCUUCGAACAGAGAUCGAGCAUGGAGCUGCUAG